AUUUCCCCCGUCAUCCUCGUCGCCGGCCAGUCCGUUGUGACCAGGUCGUUCUGGGCAGUCGGUCGCCUUGUUGCUGAGCGUUGCUAUCUUUAUUGCGCCUUCGGCCGUCCUCUCUGCUCCUCCCCGUCCUUCUGCCGAGCCUCCAGCGGCUCAGGCCGCCGAGGCAACCGGAGAUUGCAUACCCACCCCUGCGGCGUGCAGCUCCCCAUUUAUAACUUCUAUAGCCAAUCGUAGAGAUGCCGUGCCAGUGAGCGCCCCGGGCGUGCCUCGGGGACCCGCUGCGGCAAUGGCUCAGGCCCACGAGGCCAAGGCCAUCGGGCCUGCGAACGGUGCGGCCUACGGCGCCGCUGUCGGCUCUGACGCAGCGCCAGCCAUACACGGUGGCAAUUCGGCCUUCCUCACGGCCGGCAUCAUUGUUGCCGAUGUGGUCGGUGCAGGAAUAUUGUCCAUGGCAGUUGCCGUGAAGUUGCUGGGAUGGGCUAUGGGCGCUGUGGCUAUCGUGUUGCUCCUUGCGAUGAACGUUCACAUAUCGAUCCUCCUGUGGCGAGUGCACAUGCAGCAUCCGCAGGCUCGGACGUUCAUGGAGCUCACCAGCGCAGUGUGCGCCGACAUGCCCGAGGGGACCCGUGCCGCCGUCGUGGGGCUGGUAGGCGCCGCGCAGUCCAGUUUCCUGUUCAUGGUCUUGGGGCUCUACUCCCUGAGCAUCGGCGAAGGCCUAGGCAAGCUGUUUUACGACACGCAGAUCUGCCUCCCCGUGUGGACCCUCAUCGGCAGCCUCGUCUUACUGCCUGUGCACAUCAACGCGACGAGCCUGGGCUCCUACACGUCCCUGAUCUACGUGAACUGCUCGACCAUCCUGGGGAGCAUAUUCGGGCCGGCGCGCCUCUGAUCUACAUGGCGACCCUCGGCGUCGAGGUGACGCGACCCCCCACGGCGGGCUUCUACGCGGUCAACCCGACCCUGAGCUUCUCGGA